GCUGCGCACCGAGCCCUAACCCCGGCGACCCGGUGCAGCCUGGGGGUGGGGUGGGGGGGACCCCCCGGGAGCGCGGAGUGAGCCAUGGCCACCACCAAUGGGGCCGUGGAAAACGGCCAGCCCGACAAGAAGCCGCCGCCGGCCCUGCCGCGCCCCAUCCGCAACUUGGAGGUCAAGUUCACCAAGAUAUUUAUCAACAACGACUGGCACGAAUCCAAGAGUGGAAAAAAGUUUGCCACAUAUAACCCUUCCACCCUGACGAAAAUCUGUGAUGUGGAAGAAGGCGAUAAGCCCGAUGUGGACAAGGCCGUGGAGGCCGCACAAGCCGCCUUCCAGAGGGGGUCCCCGUGGCGCCGGCUCGAUGGCCUGAGUCGUGGCCGGUUGCUACACCAGCUGGCCGACCUGGUGGAAAGGGACCGCGCCAUCUUGGCUACGCUGGAGACCAUGGACACGGGCAAGCCGUUCCUCCACGCCUUCUUCAUCGACCUGGAAGGCUGCAUUAAGACCCUGCGAUACUUCGCAGGGUGGGCAGACAAAAUCCAAGGCAGGAGCAUCCCCACGGAUGACAACGUGGUCUGCUUCACCAGACACGAGCCCAUCGGCGUGUGCGGGGCCAUCACUCCAUGGAACUUCCCCCUGCUGAUGCUGGUGUGGAAGCUGGCGCCGGCCCUCAGCUGCGGGAACACGGCAGUGCUGAAGCCGGCCGAGCAGACGCCGCUCACCGCGCUCUACCUCGCCUCGCUGAUAAAAGAGGUCGGGUUCCCUCCAGGCGUGGUGAACAUCGUGCCAGGGUUCGGACCCACGGUGGGCGCGGCCAUUUCGUCUCACCCCCAGAUCAACAAGCUGGCCUUCACCGGAUCCACAGAGGUUGGGAAGCUGGUGAAGGAAGCGGCCUCGCGGAGCAAUCUGAAGAGGGUGACGCUGGAGCUGGGGGGCAAGAACCCCUGCAUCGUGUGCGCAGACGCGGACUUGGACUUGGCUGUGGAGUGCGCGCACCGCGGGGCGUUCUUCAAUCAGGGCCAGUGCUGCACCGCCGCCUCCCGGGUGUUCGUGGAGGAGCAGAUCUACCCCGAGUUCGUCCGGCGGAGCGUGGAGUAUGCCAAGAAGAGGUCCGUGGGCGACCCCUUCGACGUGAGCACGGAGCAGGGCCCGCAGAUAGACCAAGAGCAAUUCGACAAGAUCCUGGAGCUGAUCGAGAGUGGGAAGCGGGAAGGGGCGAAGCUGGAAUGCGGGGGCGCGGCCCUGCAGGACAGCGGGCUCUUCAUCACGCCCACCGUCUUCUCCGAGGUCACCGACAACAUGCGGCUUGCCCGGGAGGAGAUUUUUGGACCAGUGCAGCCAAUACUGAAGUUCAAAAGCAUCGAAGAGGUAAUUAAACGAGCCAAUAACACCGACUACGGACUGACAGCGGCCAUCUUCACCAAAAACCUGGACAAGGCCCUGAAGCUGGCGUCGGCCCUGGAGUCCGGGACAGUCUGGGUCAACUGCUACAAUGCCCUCUAUGCCCAGGCUCCGUUUGGUGGCUUUAAAAUGUCGGGAAAUGGCAGAGAACUAGGUGAAUACGCGCUGGCCGAAUACACCGAAGUCAAAACUGUCACCAUCAAACUCGACGACAAGAACGCCUGAAAGAGAAGGCAGGCUCCCGGCUCAGACACCAGAUGACCGAAGGUGGCCAAUGAAAAGCGCAAGGAAACCAUCUGCCGUCUGCCCUCCGCCCCCUUUCCCUAGACCCUCGCUUCCGAACGCUCCCACGCUACCUACCGGAGCUGAAUAGUUUUCAAUCUCCUCCUCUUGUUCUGUUACUACUCAAGCUCUGGAUGCCCACCGUCAGGCUGGGUGUGGGAGAUCACUCCUGCCUGACGGGGGAGCUGUGGAGCCGUUUCUGAGUGCGCUUCUGGGGCAGGUGUUGGGAGGUGGCAAGCUCUGUGAAUGCAACCUGGUAUUAGAUGUGUCCAGAUGCGGCUUCUGGUUAGAAUUUGGAAGGGUAGACCCAUCCGGAGGAAAGGAUUAGCACUGAGAUGAAAACACAUACAUAAGUGAAAGGGCUUGGUGGAUGUGAUGCAGGAAUCUUCAGGGGGAGGGCGUCCUGGGGCCUGGGCAUGCAUACAGGUGUGGACCUUGAGGACUGCCAUUGACAUUGACCUUGAGGUUCACCUUGAGACGAAUCCAGCCUUUGGAAUAGGAUCAAGCUAAAGGACUCACUCUAAAAUAGUGUCCCGGGGUACCUUCACACGGGCACUUUCUUAGAGGGAGGACAUCUUUGCUGUUGACCUAGUAUCCUCGCGCCACAAUGACAGAACAAAUGUUAAGAAAUGAGUAGGCUCCAGCGCUGACCAAUCAGAGUCAUAAUCACCUUUUUUUUUCUUUUUUACAAAACCUGUGCACCACUACCACCUUGGAUAGUCCAUUACAAUGAGCCUUUGUGCUUUGCAUACUUACCCACGGUUCCAUUGUUCAUUUUGGCUAGUGAAAUGCACACACUGGAAAGGCGAGGCUUAUAAUACAGCUCUGCUUUUUGAAAGUCCCAUCCAGACAU